AUGCAUCCACUGGGUAAAGGAGCAUUUGGAGCGGUCUAUGCUGGACAAUAUAAAACACGACAUGGUGACACUGUGCCCGUGGCUAUCAAGAGCCUUCGUCUUGUCUGUACAGAUAGAGACCAGAGGCUGCCAUGGAUAAAUGAGAUAGAAAUGGCGCAACAACUCAAUCAUCCUAAUAUUGUGCGUUUCUACGGAUUCUGCAUAGAACCUUCGGACAGCAACCUUCUUCUUGUUUUUGAAAAAAUGGACCAGGGUGCUCUGGACUCAUUCUGCAGGAAGCUGAAUUACCAAAUGAGCAUCAAUGAAACUGUUGACUGGCUUUGUCAAAUAGCUCGUGGUAUGGCCCAUCUGCAUGCUCAAGAGCCUUCCAUCGUACAUGGAGAUUUAGCGGCUCGUAACGUCUUGGUGGCUAAUCAUCCUGUCGAUAAAUCGAGAUAUAUUAUGAAAAUCACAGAUCUAGGAAUCUCAAAAAGAACCCGCUCAGAAACAUUUGCUACUUAUGAUGAUCCAAAUAAGAUUCCGUUCGUUUACUUUCCCUUCAAACGAGACUCUAUAUUUACUGUAGGGAUUGUUACACUAGCUGGAGGAAAGAUGAUUUUAAUGAUUUGUAUUCUUUCAUUUCAUAAAAAAAUGAGAUCACUCGUCCAUUUGAUUUAUUUUCUCGGGUGUUAG